AUGAAUUCAAUAAUAAACUAUCUUAGUUUUGUUUUGAUCUUUCUUCUCAAUAGUUGCAAUUCGUGGUCAACGCCUAAAAUAACAUUGGAUGAAUUUUUUAACAACACCGAAUUUCUGUCAUUGACGCUUGCCCCCAAAAAUGAUCCAUGGAUUCUUAUUCAAACAAUCUAUCCCAGAUGGGAUCAAAAUAUCUAUGAAUACCAUCUUCAUCUUCAAUCGCUGAAUGGUACCAAUAGAAAGUUGAUAACUCGGCAUACGACAGAUUCAUCGAGGCCUCUCUGGCAAGAUGAUUGUAUUGCAUACAUUUUUGAAGAUCAAUCUAAGAAAGUCAAUGACGACGAGCAACAGCAUUUCAUUCAACUUUAUUCAACUCGAACUCAACAAAUAUUUUCUCUCGCACUUGGUAAAGAACCUAUUCAUGCAUUCACUUGGUCCAAUAAGAACACUAGCCUCUAUUUUGCUACACAAACUUCAUGGAGUAAAGAAUCAGAAAAUGAAUACAAAAACGAAUGGAACGAUGCAAUUGAAUAUCGAGAAAAAGAACGCGGUGAUACAAUCUUUCGUGUUAAUUUUGAAGAUUUUGCACAGAUUCGAAUCGAAGCUGUUACAAACGUUUCAUUACAAGUAGCUGAAUUGUUAUGCUCGCCAGACGGAAAAACUCUCGUCUUCUCUACUGUAUCAAGAUCACGACAGAUUGAAUCGAUAAAUGACUACGAAAUCUAUUCGUUUGACUUGAUCAACCAUCUAUCAUCUAGUCCAGUUCAACUAACAAAUAAUCAAGCAAUUGAACGGAAUUUGAAAUGGUUCAACGAUGAUUCUAUCCUAUUCACAGUUACUGGUGAAGGAUCUAUCGAAGGUGAAUAUCAUGAUACUCAAGGACGGCUCUAUUCAAUCAGUCUCGUCAAUCGCCGAAUCCAUCGUUGGGCUGACCAAUUUACAGGUUCAGUAAAGGGUUUCGCUUUACUAGACCACGGGCAUCGAGGUGUAAUUAUACUUGGUCAAUUGAAUACCGAGAUUCAAAUUUACACUCAAUUGUCACCAACCAGCCCAUUGAUAAAACAAAUAGGAUGGAAUGGGAGCUAUGAAAAGCUGGUCACUAGUUCUACAAAUAACAUAUCUAUGAUUGCUUUUAUUCACUCAUCAUUUGAUACACCACAAGAGGUGUAUUUCGUUGAUGUUAUUGAGCAUCUUAGCAUUGCUAACAUAGUAACAAAUGAAAAUAUAAUAUUUACGAAAAGAAAUCUACCGAAGGGUAAAUCGUAUCAAUGGAUGAAUGAAGAAGAUGGUACUGAAAUCGAAGGUGUUCUACUCUAUCCACCAGAUAAAUUUGAGCAGAAAAAUUUGCCAUUAUUAGUGCUUAUUCACGGUGGACCUUAUAGUGCAAGUUUGAACGCUUUUCGUGCAGACUGGUAUACUUGUGCUAUGAUGCUAGCCACGGAGGGUUGGCUUGUAUUGCAGCCUAACUAUCGAGGUUCGACAGGUUAUGGCGAUCAGUUUCUGCAUGAUGUUAUACAUGAAUUCCUUUCUCGACCGGGCAAAGAUAUUCUAUUUGGCGUAGAUGCAUUAAUAAAAGAUGGAAUUGCAGAUCCUAAAAAACUCGCCAUUAACGGUUAUAGUUACGGUGGAUAUUUAACAAAUUGGUUAAUCACACAAACAACUCGUUUUAACGCUGCUAUUACUGGUGCUGGUGGAGUAGAAAAUGUGGUUGAUUGGGGCACCAACGAUAUGCCAUUGAGUAAUUUUUACUUCUUAGGUGGUUUUCCAUGGCAAAUUCCUAGCCGCUAUCAAGAAGAAGCUGCUAUAUUUCAAUUGAACAAAGUUCGGACACCAACACAUAUUAUUACUGGUGGCAAUGAUAUUCGAGUUCCAGUUGCACAUAGUUAUCUAUUAGAGCGAGCACUUCGUUCACUUGAUAUUCCGCACAAGUUGAUCAUCUUCCCGAAUGAAGGUCAUGAUAUUGGUAUAAAUCCAUGGCAUGGGAAAAUCAAAAUUCGAGAAGAAUUGAAAUGGUUACACAAAUACGGUUCUAGUUGCGUAUCGGCAUGCGAAGAAACGUUGAUUUCAGUUGGUAAUAGCUGA